CUGUUAUAACUUCAAAACCCUAAAACGCUGAAGCGCUUAUAUAUACAACUCUAUCCGCAAGCUCUACAUCAAGCAAAGCCACUUCAGAGAAAAUGGCGGUGCCUCUACUCCCCAAGAAGAUCGUCAAGAAGAGAGUGAAGAGGUUCAAGAGGCCUCAAAGUGACCGCAAGAUUUCCGUGAAGCCUAGCUGGCGUAGACCGAAGGGUAUAGAUUCCCGUGUUAGGAGAAAAUUCAAAGGAUGUGUUUUGAUGCCAAACAUCGGUUAUGGGUCAGACAAGAGAACACGUCACUAUCUCCCUAACGGUUUCAAAAAGUUUGUUGUUAGUAACGUGAAAGAUUUGGAAUUGCUCAUGAUGCACAACAGGACUUAUUGUGCCGAGAUUGCACAUAAUGUAUCAACCAGAAAGAGGAAGGAAAUAGUUGAGAGAGCUGCGCAGCUUGAUGUUGUCGUGACAAACAAGACUGCCAGAUUACGCAGCCAGGAGGAUGAAUAGACAAUUUGAUUCAGUGAUUGUAUUGAUACUUGGGAUAUCGGAUUUGCGUAUUUUAUUUUUGAAGAAUUGUAGUUUGAUGUACAAUGAAUUUUGUUGAUUGAUCACCUGUUGGUUAUUUGGUUGUCUUGGUACACAAAUUAUAAAUUGGAAAAUUUAUCUUAGACGAAUUAGUUCACAGCGUUCUAAUUGUGUUUUUUUUUAUUUAA